GAACUAUCAAUGCAGCUGCUGGGAACUACCGGAAACACACCUGGACCGACGGCAGCCAAAGCGCAGUUAGCUUAUAACGCAAGUCUUGCGGCACAAGCUCAGAAUCAACUCAGAAAACGAAAGAAACAUAUCGUGAGUUCAUUGUUCCAGUUGAUUAAAACUUCUCAGUAUUUCUAA